AUGGAUUUAAGAUAUAAUAGCCACUAGGUAACAAAUAAUGGUUCAUUAUAAUUAGCUGGGUAAUUAGGAAAAAUGCAAACAACAACUCCUCCUAAAAUUUCAUAGGCACUGAAUCCUAGCAAUAUAAAUGUUAUCAACAACUCUUUAAAUAGUAAUAGCGUAGCAUCGAAAUUUCCUUUGAGUUAUCGCAAGAACUUUGAAGAUUCUCAUAUGUAAAUGCCAAACAACGGAAGAGCUAAUUCAAUUAGUGAUAGGGAAAACUAUUUUGAUUCAAAUAUAAACGGAUAUAAAAAUUAUGCAUCAAACAAUUAAGUCAACUAGGUUUCACCAAAUUUACUUGUAAAAAAAUUUGAAAGAGAGUAAGAGGAUUAUGUCCGUCUUAGCUUAGAAGAAAUAAAUAGGGAACUUGAUAUAAAUAUGAAUGAGAUAAUUGUACUCUUGAACAAAAGAAAGCAUUUGAUUAUGGUUAAGAGAUAAAAGCUAAAGGACGAAUUUAUAGAAUAAAUUGAGUUAAUGAAAAGGUAAAGUGCUGAAGACCUGUAAAAAGAUUUGAAUAGGAGUUCUAUUGAUGAUAACAUAAUUCAAAAUUUAGCAAAUAAUACAGAUUCAUUUUCUAAAAUGAAGAAAGUUGUUCAAUCUGUAACUAAAGACAUCUCCUCUAAUACCCAUGAAAAAUAGAAAUUAGAAAUGAGCAGAAGCGCUGAUUUUUGGAAUACAAAUAAAAACUACGAAGAUGAAGUGGACAUUCUACUUUCUAAGCUAAAAUAAUUAGAUUCUGAUCUUGAAAAAUGCAAUUACUAAAUUCAAGAAGUUUGCAGAAAUUUGGAUAAUAUGGAAGAGCAAAUAAAAAUUCUGCUACUGACGAAGGAUGAAGAUCAUGUUCGAAGAGCAGAGCCAGUUUUUAACUAGAAAUAAAGGCUGCAUGAAUAAUUAAAUCAAAUGAACUCGCAGCGUAAUAAAAUAAAAGAUGAAAAAAUUCAUCUCAUUAGUAGAAUAAUCAACUUUUUAACAGACUUAAAGCACCUCAGAGGAGAAAGGUUACAAGAUUUGGCUGAAGUGUUUGGAAUUGAUGAUAAUACAGAUUCAAGCAUAAAAAUACAAUAUUACAUUGAUUUUGUUGAGUAAUUAGAAAAUUUAGCUAAAGUAAAAGAUAAUUUAUUACAAUAAGAGAGCUUAGAAGAACCUAUAUAAAUGAAUAUAGAUAGACUCUUUAAAGAAAAUGAUCAACUUUUCUCAGAGUUGAUUAAAAAGUAAAGUGAAGAAGCAAAAGCCUAUGCUGAUUUAUCAGAUAAUUUAGUUAAGAGGCUCAACAUGCAGAGAGCCAUAGAACUCUUUAUGAAUUAAGCUAACCUUAAUGGAAUAAAUCAUUUAGAUAUUAGGGAUUUGUUAAAAAAAUUCAAAGAGAAUAUAUUAUUCUUAAAGCCAUUGGUGGAAGAAGACGUAGCUUUGAGAUAAGGACUUAAUAAGACUUACGAGACAAUUAACACAUUUUCUAAUAUCUUACUAGCAAUCGAAACUGAAAAAGAAAGAAGAAAAGAGCUUGUAGCUAAAUUAGAACAGUGCAUCAGAUUAAAAUAAGAUGGAGAUUUAAAAACUGAAGAUUUAAGGAACGUAGAAAUGGAAAUCACAAAAAGAAUUUAGUAAAAGAAGAAUUUAGAAGAAGAUUUAGAUCACAUCUUGAGUGAUGCAGAUUUAGAAGAAUAUAAAAAAUUAGGUCUUUAGAUAAGACAAUUAGAGAAAGAUGCUGAUGAUUUAAAUAAAAAAAGAAUGCGUGUAUAAACAGAUGUUGAUCAAAUCUAAUAGCAAGUUGUGGUUAGAAUCAACUAAAUUAGAACAGACUACGAUGAUAUAAUGAAGGAAGUUAUUUCAAAUGAUGUAAUGAACAACUAUGACUUUAAAAAUGCAAAUGAUAUUAAAUAAGUUAAAAAUCUACUUAAAAAAACGUUUAAGAGACUUGGAAUGACUUUUGAAGAACCUAGAAACCUUUGA